CAAUUAAAAUGCUGCAUAAACAAAGGGAAAUUUAGAAAUUUCAAAUAAACAAUGCGCAUGUGUCUGCUAGCUAUGUUGCCAAGCGAGUACCGAAAAAAAAACUACAGGUUUCAAGAGAUCACCAAUUACGUUCAAUUUAUUCUUCUCGCUGUAUUAGAAGCGUAUUAAAUUACUUAGAUCAGUUGUGCAAUUGCGUAAUAUGUAAUGCGUUAUAGUUGCAAUCGAUUAUCGAUUCGCCUUUUACGAAUUGCAGUUUAUUGAUAAACGUUUUGGCAACAGCGCAGCUCAAUCUUAUGUUUUCCUAUCGUCGUUCGUUGAAAGGAUUUGUGAUUUUGUGUACCACCUCAAGGCGACAGAAGUUUAGCAGAUAUUUUGUGUACUUGUGAAAAGGAGAGUACUUGAGAAGGGACAAUGUCAGAGAACAGAGAGGUGAUAUUGGCCGAUUUUCAGGCAUGCACAGGCAUUGAUGAUGUGGCCCGAGCCAUAUACAUCCUUGAAGAGAACAAUUGGGAUUUUUUGAAUGCAGUUAAUAAAGUUAUGCCUCAGGACUUGCAAUCAUUCCAAGGGAACUCUAGAGCUAACGCUGGUUCUGCUCCUGAGGUCAUUGAGAUUCCAUCGAGCCCAGUAGAGUCUGCUACAGAUAUGCUUUCCGUUGGGAACAAUGUACCACAUAACUCUCGCAGCAUGCCCAUAUUGGACAACUAUAGCCACAGUUUCUCAUUUCCUUCAACUUCAACAGUUAAUGUUAAUGGAGCUAGAAUGAUCAAGUUCAAUGUGCAAUAUUGUGAUAGGGUUGUUACUAUUGAAGUGCCAGACACUGGAACAGUUGCUGAUAUAAAGCGUUUAUUGAACAAAGAGUUGAAGGUUGCCACCUGCAGGCAACUGUUAUCAGGUUGGGCUAGGAUGCCUCAAUAUCAAAACACUCCACUUUCAGAGCUCUCACUGCCUGAUAUGAAUGCAUUGCAUCUAACAGUGAUAAAUAAUCAAGAUUUUUCUGUGGAUGAUACUGAAGUGACUGAAAGGUUAAAGGGAAAUUACAUUUUAAAAAUUAGAGAUGAAAAUGCAGACAAGAUGUACAGUUUAAAUUAUCCUGGCACUAAAACUAUUCUGGACGUUAAGUCGGACGUAUACUCGCUUACAAAUAUACACGUUCGCAAUCAAGUUUGGAGCGGGUGGCCACCAAAUAUCGAUGACAACACUAUGUUGGCUCUAUCUGGAAUAAAUUUUCCGGAGCACGAUUUAACAUUGAGACAGGUAAGUGGCUCAAAUAUGCAACUGAGAGGAGAGAGAAAGAAGAAUAACGAUGGGAACGUGGUUCAGAUUGAUAGUGAUGAUGAUGAAUUCGAGGACGCAUCUGAAUCCUUCAACGUGGAAGACGAUUGUUUCAUGGAUCACUUCAGCAGUAAACGCGUUGAACCGCUCAUUCCAAAGCACGUCGAAGACGAAAUUGUUGGGAGCAUUAGCUUCUCCGAGCAAUUCACAAACCGUUACGGUCCAAUUCAUCCGAACUUCUAUCAAGGCACCUUGGAAGAUGCCGUCAGAGAAGCGUGCAAUAAACCGAGCAAGGAUCGUAAAUUGCUCGGAAUUUAUUUGCACCACGAUUCCAGUGUUCUCUCGAAUGUUUUCUGCACGCAGCUGUUGGGUUUUGAGAGCGUGAUGCAACUUCUCGAAAGGAAUUUCGUUUUGUGGGGUUGGGACGUGACGUUCGAAACGAAUCGGACGCGUCUGCAGACAUCGAUUAUGAACACCCUAGGACCAAUGGCCGCGUCCAGUUUGAAAAAUAUACCGGUCGAUAAGCUACCGGCAAUUUUUAUUAUCAUGAAAAUACGGUCAUCCACAGAUAUCUACAAUAUUGUCUACGGAAACGUGGGCGUAAAUGAAUUGCUAUCAAGUAUGAUCGAAGCCGUUGAAGUAUUCUCCGAACACCAGAAGGUUGAGAUGAAAGAGGAACAGGAGCGCGCCGAAAGAGAACUUGUCAAAUGGGAGCAAGAUAUGGCUUACAAUGAGAGCUUGGAGGCUGAUAGGGCUAAAGAAGAGGCGAAACGUGCUCAAGCGGAGGCAGAGAAUCGAGAAAGGGAGAGAGUUGAGAACGAGAUUGCCGUGGAAACGGCGCGUAGAGAGGAUCACAGACUCAAAGUGGAGCAAAGUCUACCCGAAGAGCCGGCUCCGGGUACCUCGAAUAUAACCAAGAUUAGAUUUAGGCUGCCCACGGGAGAUAACCUAGAGAGAAGAUUCUACAUUAACACUCCGUUAAAAGUUUUAAUGGACUAUUGCGUCGUCAAAGGAUACCCGACUGAAGAGUAUAAAGUGAUUUCCAGUUGGCCGAGGCGCGAUUUGACAUUGAUGGACGCCAGCAAGACGUUGAUGGAAUUGAAUCUUUGCCCGCAAGAAACUGUGAUAUUAGAAGAACGAUAAUCCGUGAAGGAAUUUGGGUAUAAGUGAGAGAGAAAGAGAGAGAGAGAGAGAGUGGGAGGACACAAAAGGCAAUUCAGGAUGAAGGAAAGAGAGGAAUGGAACACAAACACACAUACAAAACAAAUGAUUCGCGAAACAAAUACAAAAAAAAAACACAAUAUUAUUGCGUACGUCUUUCUCUCCCCUCCAGCCCAAUGUCUUGUUAUAUAUAUAUAAA